GUGUGACAUUCGGAGCAAACAAAAGGAGUUUUCACGAAUGGGUAUUCGAGGCUUGAGCAGCUUGGAAGAAAUGCCUAUUGGAGUGCAGAGGCCUAAGAGGAGAUAUGUGUCGCAAAAGUCUCCGGAACGUUGGUGAUUUACCCAGCAGUACAUGUUGUGGCUGCGCAGAGUGUCGAACGACCUCCGGUUCCCUCCCGCAUCGUCUCAGACGUAGUUUGCGCGUGUUCUUGGAGAAGCCGGACGAUCGUGCAAGAAGAAUACUCAGAAGAACUAAGCAGGUUCUGAGUGAGCUCUAGAAGCGACGCAUUGAUGAGAGAGGGUCGAGUCGAGAACGCCUUAUAUCGUUACCCCCAUCUACCCCAACAUCGUGCGAUUCCGCUUUUCUUCAGCCGGAGAUGCCCAAUCGCUACCAGGUCGCCUAUAUAGGCUCCUUCAUCAUCACCUUCUCCUCCCUCCUCGCCCUCUCCCGGUUCAUCAACUCCAAGCUCAAGGCGGCCGGCUACCACGUCUCCGACCUGAUCUUGAUCGGUCUUCCUCGUAAAAAGCGUGAUAUGGACUCGAUGGCCAACUCGACUGGCUGGCCGGAAUUUGGAACUCCUUUCUCCAUGGCGGGCUUGCUGAACACCUCCUAUGGUCAGCUGCUGGCGUUCGCACUGGCAGUGGCCACGACUGCCUUCGUCUAUGGGAAGUUCGGAGGGAAUACCAAGAAGAGAAAGAUGGUGUUGGACCCCAAAGUGUGGCAGGAGUUCUCAUUGAUUGAGAAAAUCCCGGUAUCACACAACACUGCUAUCUACCGCUUCGAGCUGCCCUACUCGGAUGAUAUCCUCGGCCUCCCGAUCGGCCAGCACAUUUCUGUGUCUGCCGAGAUCAACGGGAAGGAUAUCAUGCGCAGCUAUACACCCACGAGUAGCGAUGACGAUCGUGGCCACUUCGACCUCCUGGUGAAGGCAUAUGAGAAGGGAAACAUCUCGCGUUACCUUUCGCUCCUCAAGAUCGGUGACAAGAUCCGGGUGAAGGGACCUAAGGGUCAAUUCACGUACUCUCCGUCUCAAUGGCGUGUCCUCGGUAUGAUCGCUGGUGGCACCGGCAUCACGCCCAUGAUCCAGAUCAUCCGCGCUGCUCUGAAAGACUCGGAUGACCACACAAACAUCAACCUUAUCUACGCGAACGUCAACGAGGAGGACAUCCUGCUCAAGAAGGAGCUCGACGACCUUGCAAAGAAGCACGAGGAGCGCUUCCGGGUCCUCUACGUCUUGAACAACCCUCCCGAGGCCUGGACCGGCGGUGUUGGUUUUGUCUCAAAAGCCCAGGUUGAGAACUGGAUGCCGGCUUACAACCCACAUAACGAUGUCAAGGUCCUGCUUUGCGGACCCCCUCCCAUGAUGACCGCCAUGAAGAAACACCUCGAGGAACUCAACUACCCUCCUGCGCGUACAGUCAGCAAGCUCGACGACCACGUCUUUGUCUUCUAAUGGAAUCUAUUUGGGC